UAGAACUUCCUAGUUCCUACUUCCUCUUCGCUUGGCUUCUUGCCAUACGCACUUCGGGAGCAACCUUCGUUCGCUCCCCCCAGAAGUUUUUGUCUGUUCGUCAAUCUCAGUCUCCUUUCCAUCCCGAAGCUCGCCAUUGUUGGGUUUUUGAAGCUUUUCCUCUUCGUUUUUAGUUCAUCAAUCGCAAAACGCAUCAUUCAAUUCUUCUUCUCCGAUCGGUUGCGAAGUUGUAUUUGAGGCGGUUUAGCGGUGAUCGAGAUCGACUCGAGUUCUCCUUCCCGUCGAUCGGGAUUACCGCUUCGUCAAUUUCUGCGUGCAAUUUUCAUCAUCGUCAAUGGGUUACGAAGAUGAUCCGUACCGUGACGAGGAUGGUGAACCAUUGAUGGACUUUGACCAUAUACAGUCAGACGGUGAACAAUCCCCUGAACCGUACAAUCCCGACGAACUAUUAGAUGAGGAUAUUGGUGAUUGGGGCGGGCGACAGCGAUCUCAGACUCCUGUUUAUGAUGCGGAAGAGCCUCAGGCCAGACCUAGAAAGAGGUUGAUUAAAAAGAGUUUGGCUGGCAAGGAGACUGUGCCCUCUAAUUUGGUGGACGAUUAUGAUGAUGUGAGGGACUUCUCGGCGGACCAGUUUGUGAGGGAGGGUUCGGAGGAGAGGAAAAGGAAGAGGGCGAUUAGUAGUGGGAAAAAGGAGAAGAGAUUCAAAGUAGAUAAUAAGUUUGGAAGUAGUAGUAGUGGAGGCAAGAACAGAUUAUCGAAGAAAGCCUUCUCAGGGAAGGGGAUGAAGGAUCAAGAUGGGGAUGUCAAGGAGAUGUGGGAGACUAUUGCUGGUGGCGCUUCUGAUGAUGAUCAAGAAGGUGCCAGAACAGUUGAUGAUGAUAAUUUUAUAGACGAUAGUGGUGUAGAUCCUGCUGAUCGGUAUGGAAGUGAUGAUGAGCCACGCUCUCCCCGCUAUGCUCCUGAGGCCGAGGAAGGUGAGGAAGAUGACGAAAUUAAUGAUCUCUUCAAGAUGGGUAAGAAGAAGAAGAAGCAUGAGAAAAGUCCUGCAGAAAUAGCAUUGCUAGUGGAGAAUGUGAUGGCUGAGCUUGAGGUCACUGCCGAAGAGGAUGCGGACCUUAACAGGCAGGGGAAACCUGCUGUUAAUAAACUGAAAAAGCUGCCACUUCUGACCGAUGUUCUUUCGAAGAAGCAGCUUCAACAGGAAUUCUUGGAUCACGGAGUGCUAACCCUUCUAAAGAAUUGGCUUGAACCUCUACCAGAUGGGAGUUUGCCGAAUAUAAAUAUCCGGGAAGCAAUCUUGAAGAUUUUAACUGAUUUUCCAAUAGAUCUUGAACAAUAUGAUAGAAGAGAGCAGCUGAAGAAGAGUGGCCUUGGAAAGGUUAUUAUGUUUCUAUCGAAGUCUGAUGAGGAAACCACAUCCAACCGGAAACUUGCAAAAGAUUUAGUAGAUCAAUGGAGUCGACCCAUAUUUAACAAAAGUACUAGAUUUGAGGACAUGAGAAAUAUGGAAGAUGAGAGGGUGCCCUUUAGAAGACCAAUGGGGAAAAAGACGGGAAACAAAGCUGCUGGAAUUGAAUCUCGAGAUGGGGAUCUGGACUUGGAUGAAUUCUCACAGGGACGCAAGUCUAGUCAGUCAUCCUCAAGGCAACAUGCUUCACGGCCAGAAGCAACACCAUUGGAUUUUAUUGUCCGUCCCCAAUCUAAGAUAGAUCCAGAUGAAAUCAGAGCUCGUGCUAAGCAAGCCGUGCAAGAUCAACGUCGCAUGAAGAUGAACAAAAAGUUACAGCAGUUGAAGGCGCCAAAGAAGAAGCAGCUUCAAGCGACAAAACUCAGCGUUGAGGGUCGCGGUAUGCUCAAGUACUUGUGAUGUGUUAGUUGACUUUAUUAACAAACGAACGAGUCUGCUAUCCCGAUCGUGGCUGGGAAGUCCUGUAGUUUGCUUAAUAAUUGAAGGAGACAGACGCUCGGAAAGUAGCAGCAGUUCCUUCCUCUACCGAAACUUCUCCAUCCAAUGAUCACAAACUCUCCAAGAGAUCUCUGAAAUAUUUAUCUCAUCUGCCGUUGAAAUGUGCUUUGCUUUAAAGCCUUACUUGUACAAAAUGAUCGUCGUCGUAUGUUUUCGGAUUCGGAUGUUUUCAGAUUCGGAUUGGAAUCAAAUUGUGAAUCGAACUCCACACCCUUUCUGAAUAUUUGAAUGUAUCAAUGCGCAAAAACCAGUAUUAAGUUUUGUCAUGCUUUGGCUCCCUACAGGCAAAAAUGAUUGCUUCAUGUUGGUCA